AGUCCGCACCAUCCGGCUGGUCUCAGAGCUCGCUGGCGUCUUGGUUUCAAGGUGGCCUCAAACGCUGAGCCCACGACGCUGGCGCGGUCGAGCCACGAUGCCCAGUGAAACUCUCUGGGAAAUUGCAAAAGCCGAAGUAGAAAAACAUGGAAGUAGUGGAGGUGAAGGUGAUGGGCUUGAAAUUGGAGAAAAAUCUGUUUUCUUCAUUGGCAGUAAAAAUGGGGGAAAGACUACUAUUAUUCUAAGGUGUCUUGACAGGGAUGAGCCACCAAAACCAACAUUAGCUUUGGAAUAUACAUAUGGAAGAAGAGCAAAAGGGCAUAAUAUACCGAAAGAUAUUGCUCACUUCUGGGAACUAGGUGGAGGAACGUCUUUAUUGGACUUAAUCAGCAUCCCCAUCACAAGUGAUACCUUACGGACAUUUUCUCUUGUUCUUGUUUUGGAUCUUUCGAAACCUAAUGACCUUUGGCCCACCAUGGAAAAUCUGUUGCAAGCCACAAAAAGCCAUGUGGAUAAAAUGAUAAUGAAACUGGGCAAGACCAAUUCUAAAGCAGCUUCUGAAAUGAGACAGAAGAUAUGGAGUAAUAUGCAGAAGGACCAUCCAGAUCGUGAAUUAAUCGACCCAUUUCUAAUACCUCUGGUCAUAAUUGGAAGUAAAUACGAUAUUUUUCAGGAUUUUGACUCUGAGAAGAGGAAGGUUAUAUGCAAGACCCUUCGAUUUGUUGCACAUUAUUAUGGAGCAUCGUUAAUGUUUACCAGUAAAUCAGAAGCUCUAUUACUAAAAAUACGUGGAGUUAUCAACCAGUUAGCAUUUGGCAUUGACAAAAGCAAAUCAAUAUGUGUGGAUCAGAAUAAACCACUGUUUAUCACAGCAGGAUUGGAUUCUUUAAGUCAAAUAGGAUCUCCUCCUGUUCCUGAUAAUGAUAUUGGAAAACUUCAUGCCCAUUCACCAAUGGAGUUGUGGAAGAAAGUGUAUGAAAGGGUCUUUCCACCAAAGAGUAUCAACACACUAAAAGAUAUCAAGGACCCUGCAAGAGACCCUCAGUAUGCUGAAAGUGAAGUUGAUGAAAUGAGAAUUCAGAAGGAUCAGGAACUGGAACAAUACAAAAGAAGUUCUUCCAAGUCUUGGAAACAAAUUGAGCUUGAUUCUUGAACCUCAUUCAACUAUAGUGUAUUUAUUUCUUCUUCCCCCCCCAAAAUGGUCUGGAGCCAAACCUGUAGUAUCUCUGAGGUAUGCCUGUAUAACCCAGUUGAAUGGUAAGAGCCUUGCAAUGCCUUCUGAGCACUCUACGGUAACUUCCAGGAAGGAACGAGAGCUAGGCAUCCCUGUGAGGCUGAUGGUCCUUCUUGAGGGCCACACUCCUUGCUAAGACUCCUCUGGAAUAAAAGCUAUCCUUCAGCACUGUCUAGGACUCUCAAACAAAAAAAUGCCCUUUACCCACCUGGGCAUUAUAUCAAACAAAUCUUCUGGUACUUGGGACACAGCUUAGACCUAAUAUCACUCUCCAAGCCCUGUCUGAAAGUCCAGUGCCAAGGACAGAUUGAGCAAGUCCCUAGUGACAGACGCUGCAAUGCCUGAUAAAAAUGGUGUACCCUCAGCUGAUACGGAGGACUUCCUUGGAGCCUCAAUGGCAUUAAAAAAGGCCGGCUUGGAGCCUGAACCGCAGAUAUAAUUUGUGUGCCCACGUGGAGCCUCACCACUGUGGCUUCGCUGAAGCCUCUGAGGCUGAUGUUGCUGGUCUCCCCCGGUGACUCUGAGGGUUCCCCAGGGAACUGUACCUGCUUUGGAAGUGGCACAUCUCUGUAUCCUUAGUUCCCUGUUUUCAGUCCAGACAGAAAUGAGGCAACAAUUCCAGGUAAGGUCCCCACAGGCUUACCUAUGACUACUGCCAAAUUAGAUACAUUUAAAGCAAUAGAUUGAAACGUCAGAAGAGGAGACAAGUCAAUAGUUACUUCCUUUGUUAACUUAAUCUAGUUUGGAUGAGACACAUUCAAAAGGCCUCAAAGUUGAGAAAAAUCUCAAUAGGGCAAAGUACAGUGAGAAAAACAGCCAUUAUUAUUCAAACAUAGAGCUCCUAAAACAGCACCAUCUAAUAGAAAUAUAAUAUAAGCCACACACAGAAUUUAAAUAUUUUAGUAGCCACAUUUUAGAAAGAAACAGGUGAAAUUAAUUUUAAUAUAUUUAACCUGGUGCAGCCAAAAUACACCAUUUCAAACUUGUUAACCAAUAUUUUUUUUUAUGAGAUGUAGAAAAUGCAAUUUUAAUUAGGGAUGUAAUUAAAUGCA